AUGCAGAGCACGCCGCCGUCGCUGCGCACCAAGGCUGCGCGGCUGGCCGCCUCCAAGUGCGCCCUGCUGGCGCGCGUGGACGCCUACGGCCAGGACCCCUCGGGGCAGGCGGGCACUCAAUUUUUGGAAGAGAUGCGGCGCAAAAUUGAGAAGUGGCAGGAGCCGCCCCCCGCCAAGCAGAUCAAGCCCCUGCCGGCACCUGAUGCGGAGGUCAAGAAGCGGCGGGGUGGCAAGCGGCUGCGGAAGAUGAAGGAGCGCUUCGGCCUCACAGACAUGCGCAAGGCCGCCAACCGCACGAUGUUUGACUUUGCCAAGGCCGAGGAGGAGUACAUCGACGGCGACGAGGUUGUGGGCCUGGGGGUGCUGGGCUCCAAGGAGGGCAGCGGCCAGCUGCGGGUGGUGGCCAACCAGCAGAAGCUGCGGCUCAACGCCAAGCAGCAGAAGAAGUACAAGGGGCGGCUGGGGGGGCUCGGGGCCGGCGGCGGCGGCGGCGGCGGCGCGGUCAACGGGCUCAGCAGCAGCCUGGCCUUCACGCCGGUGCAGGGCAUUGAGCUCAGCAACCCCCUGGCAGGGCGUGGCCCCGAGGUUGACGCAGCCAAGAGCGGCACUGAGAGCUACUUCUCAGAGCGCGCCGGGUUCAGGAGCCUCACGGCGGCCAGCGCGGUGGCCGGCCGCAAAACGGGCACGCAGCUGCACAAGUAG